UUUUUUAUAACCGGUUCUUUGAAACAUGUUUGAAAGAACCGAUUCGCGGGAAUGAAUCUUCCCAUCACUAAUGCGCUGCGCAUCUUGGUGUGGAGCCGGACUGAAUAACUGAGAAAUCAGACUGUUGUUAUUGACUAAGAGAACCACGUUUUUCUUUCUAUUUAGUGGAGGAAAGUAAUAAAACAAUAACUUUUCAACGACUCGAUGUUCUACGCAUUCAAUGUAGCCCUACUACUAGUAGCACAGUUUUAAUUUUCCCUUGGCAAAGACUGGAAGACAAAAGCUGAGGAUCCGCUAAUCGUCGCAUGUAGAGUCCUGGACAACAUUUUGCUCUCUGCAGAGCUCUCUCUUGAAGCUGCCAUCACAUCAUGUUGCUGUCCAUCGCGUUGUUUUUACUCUUUCUGUCUCCGUCGAGGAGCUCGAGACUGUGUAGUCACCUCUGCCUGUGCUAUGAACACUCAGACCUGGUGGACUGCCACGCCAGAGGUUUUGAGGAUGUCCCACAUGGACUUCCCCAUGGCACCUGGCUCCUAGACCUGGGAGGAAACAAGCUCAAGGAGAUCCGGAGCCGAGCUUUUGCUGGCCUUUGGUCUUUGCGUAUUCUUGUGCUCUCAGACAGCAGCAUCCAGGCUCUUCAAACACAGGCUUUCUUCUCUCUGUCCUUCCUGGAGAAGCUAGACAUGAGUCGGAAUAACCUCACUCAGAUCCCUCCUAACUUCUCAGAGAGCCUGUCUUCACUGCGUGAGCUGCGUCUGGACCACAAUGCACUGGUGCUGCUGAAACCUCCAGGUCUUGAGCAUCUGGAGAACCUUGAGAAGCUGGACCUCAGCCACAAUCACAUCCGAUCUCUUGUGCCAGGUGCGUUCCGUGGCCUGUCCCGCCUGCGCCACCUUUACCUCCAAGGGAACCUCCUGGGUUUUGUGCAAGAUGGAUCCCUCACCAUGCUGCCUGCCCUGGAAGUCCUGCUCCUGGGCAACAACAACAUCUCUGGGAUCGAGGUCAAUGCACUAGCCCCGUUGCACAGUCUGUCUCUGUUGGGUUUGGAGGGGAAUCAUCUGGAGCACCUGAACUUCAAGACGUUCCUGAGCUUGCACACGGCUGCUACACACCUGCAGUUGGCUGGGAACCCCUGGAACUGUGACUGCGACCUGCACCGUGUCUUCAGCAAGCUGCUCAGUGUGCGGCACCUCCACGUGGAUGACUAUCGCAACGUAACUUGUCGGGAGCCUUGGCAGCUCGCCGGAGCUUCUUUGGCUUGGGUUGACAGCCAGUUGUGUGUGGCUGAGACUGUUACUGUGUUAGUCAUCACCGCUACUGUCAUUGUGACCGUGUUUGGUGCCUUGGUCAUGGCGGAGAGAAAACGCAAGAAGCGAAAAUACUGGGAACAGAAUGAGGAGGAACCGCAAGAGCAGUAAGGCCAUUUUGCAUGAGGUAACUUAGGACAUUUUCUCUUUUGAACUAUGAAAACAGAUAAAAUCCCUUUUCCCAACAAAGAGCAAAUACACUGAUUCGAGUCGAUGUGGUGAUGGAAAUUGCAAAAAUUCGCAAACUUUGAACAAAAGUAUUUGGUAACUUAGAUCUGAUAGAAAGUUUUGUAAUCUAGGAUGUGUUCAGAUUAGAAUCUGUGCUAGAUAACCAAUUAGUUGUGUAGAUGUGUUAUAGAUUAUAAUACUGUACAGCAGCUUCAUCUCUUGCCACUUGCAAACUCAUAUUAAAAGCUAAACCUUCAAAUCUUACACUAUACCGUUCAAAAGUUUUAGAACUUUUAAAAAAAAAAUUAUUUAGUACUAUUUUUACUAAUACUUUUAUUCAGCAAGGAUACUGAAUACUACAUUCAGUUGAUCCACACAAAAAAAACACAGUAAAGACAUGCUGUUCUUGAUCUUUCUUUUCAUCAAAGAGUCAUGAAAGAAAAUUAUGCAAUAAUUAAUUAUUGUUUUCAACACUGAUGAUAAUAAAUGUUUCUUGAACAUCAACUCAGCAUAUUAGAAUGAUUUCUGAACGGUCAUGUGACACUGAAGACUGGAGUAAUGAUGCUGAAAAUUCAGCUUUGCAUCACAGUUUUAAAUUGUAAAUAUAUUUUCCUGUAUUAUUGUGUUUAUUGUAUUUUAGAUCAAAUAAAUGCAGCUUUGGUGAGCAGAAGAGACUUCUUUCAAAAACAACUAAAAAACAUUUGCAUAAAAUUGCAUGAUAAUUAUUUUAUAUUUUAUUUAAUUUUGAUGAUUUUUGUAUUAUUUUAUUUAAUAGUUUUCCUUUACUGUGAUCAGUUUUUUGCCUUCUAACAUUUCAUUUUUUUUUUACAUAACAAUAACAAAUGCU